AUGACAGUCAACGGCUCCUUCUCCUCGACCCCGACCCUGCACGGGAUCAUGGUUGCCCUGAUCACUCCCUUCAACGACGACCGCACCCAGAUCGAUGGCCCUCGAUUGAAAGCACACAUGGACCACCUCAUCGCCGCGGGCGUGCACGGCCUCGUCCCAGGCGGCAGCACCGGCGAAUUCACCACACUCUCCCGCGCUGAGCGCAAACAAUUAACCGAGCUCUGCGUCGAGUACGCGGCGGGGCGCGUCCCCGUCGUCGCCGGCACAGGCAGCACGUCGACCGACGAGGCGGUCGAGCUGGCCGUGCACGCCGCGCAGGCCGGCGCCGCCGCCGUGAUGGUUGUGCCACCCUUCUACGAUGCGCUCACCUACGAGCAACUCACAGAGCUCAUGGCGGAGAUCCAUUCGUCGAGCGGCCUGCCGAUUGUCUACUACAACAUCCCUUCCGCCAGCGGACUGACCCUGACCGCCACCCAGAUCGCCGACCUCAGCGCCGUCGGCGUCAAAUACCUCAAGGACACCUCGGGUAACGCCCCCGCGUACACGGAGCUGGUCUUCGGCUUGUCCGACAAGAUCACCGCCUUCAACGGCUGGGAUACGCUGACCUUCUACGGGCUGGCGGCUGGGUCGGAGGGCGCCGUCUGGGGCGCCGCGAACCUCAUCCCCGAGCUGAGCGUCGAGCUGUGGAAUGCGGUCGCGGUCGAGAAGAACCUUGACAAGGGCCGCGCGCUGUGGCGCAAGGCGUGGCCGAUCUGCAAAUUCCUGGAGUCGCAUAACUACGCGGCUGCUGUCAAGACUGGGGUCGAGUUGAUGGGACAGUCGACGGGGGGUCUGAGGAAGCCGUUUGCGCUGCUCAAGGGGGAAGUGCGGGAGGAGCUGGCGAGGCUAAUGGAGAACGCCGGCGUGAAGGUUGUGCGGUAG